GCCCUUUGUUAAACCCGGAUAAGAGUGUCCCUCGGUUGCCUAUCUCGCAAGCUUAUAUUAAGAGCGUUAUUCUACGCUAUGCCCCUUUGUAGCCAUAAAAGCCCUUCGGUUAAACGAGUAUUAAAAGAAGCCAGUGAAUUACGAGAGGCAACCGAUCAAUAUUAUGCACAACCUUGCGAAGAAAAUAUAUUUGAGUGGCAUUUUACCAUACGUGGGCCACAAGACUCACCAUAUCAGGAUGGCGUGUACCAUGGCCGCAUCCUUCUUCCUUCCGAGUACCCUUUUAAACCGCCGAAUAUUAUACUUCUAACGCCCAACGGCCGCUUUGAGACAGGAAAGAAGAUAUGUUUAAGCAUUUCUGCUUAUCAUCCUGAGUUUUGGCGCCCCUCCUGGAGUAUAAGGACCGUCUUGAUAGCGCUUAUUUCCCACUUUAUUUCCGACGGAAAGGGAAGCGUCGGCUCUUUAGACUACUCCGAGGAAGAAAGAAUAAUUUUGGCUAAAAAAUCUUCGACCUGGAAGUGCGAGAGUUGUGGGGUUGAAAAUAUAAGACUUAUAAAGCCUUUAGACUUUAGUGCUCCUCCCAAAGUUUGCGACGAGGACAAAGAGGCUAUAGCUGAGAUUCAGUUUAUUGGAAAAGAUGAAGCUGAUGCUGCAAAUAAUCCUGCUUCAAUACUAGAAUCAAGCGGUCCUUCUCAACCAACUGAUGAUAGUGCUUUAGAAAACGACUUCUACGCAAUGAAUCAAAAUAUUUGUGAAAAUAACAACUGUGAACUCGCACCUCAAGUAUGUGGAGUAGUUGCAGGUGCAUACGUUUGCUCUGGCGAACAAAAAGUUUGCGAAAGUGGUUUAAGACAGAGACCAACUCUCCUGACGACUGCCCAUCUCGUUCAACCGUCACCGUUGCCCGCUCAACCGUCGCGUGUUUACUCGUUUAACCGCUGUUAUGCUUGUGCUGAGAUUGCCUUAACCCUUUCAAUAUGGCUUCUCUUCGCUAGUUUGUGCCUUUUAGUUACCCGAAAGUUUAUAUUGUAAUCGACUCCUUAUAUUUGUAAUA